UCCGGCUCAGAGAUUCCACCAACGAAAGCCAAACAGUCCCUGAGAGCUCGCUCAUGAAAAUCACCGACGUCCUCGUCCUCCUCUCCCUCCUCUGCGCGGGCGGCGUCUCCGGCCGUCGGAACAUUGCCGGAGACGUCAUCGAGCUCCCGUCAGAAGCUUCGAGGUUCUUCCAUGCGAAAGAUGACGUCGACGACGACUCCGUGGGGACUAGAUGGGCGAUCCUGAUCGCGGGUUCAAACGGAUACUGGAACUAUCGGCACCAGGCCGAUGUUUGCCAUGCGUAUCAGAUCUUGAAGAAAGGCGGCUUGAAAGAUGAAAACAUCGUUGUUUUUAUGUACGAUGACAUUGCUUUUAAUGAAGAGAACCCCAGGCCAGGAGUAAUCAUCAAUAGUCCUAACGGUGCCGAUGUUUAUGAAGGAGUUCCAAAGGACUACACUGGAGAAGAUGUUACAGUCAACAACUUUUUUGCCGCAAUCCUUGGAAACAAGACUGCUCUCACAGGUGGCAGUGGGAAGGUUGUGGAUAGUGGUCCAAAUGAUCAUAUCUUUAUUUACUAUACGGAUCAUGGCGGCCCUGGAAUGCUUGGGAUGCCUACCAGUCCUUACCUUUAUGCUGAUGACCUCAUUGAUGUCUUGAAGCAGAAGCAUGCAUCUGGGACCUAUAAGAGCUUGGUAUUUUAUCUCGAAGCAUGUGAAUCUGGAAGUAUUUUUGAAGGUCUUCUUCCAGAAGGUUUGAAUAUAUAUGCAACCACAGCAGCUAAUGCGGAGGAGAGUAGUUGGGGCACCUAUUGUCCUGGAGAGGAUCCUAGCCCUCCGCCAGAGUAUGAAACGUGCUUAGGUGACUUGUAUAGUGUUGCCUGGAUGGAGGACAGUGAUGUGCAUAACCUGCGGACUGAAACUCUGCACCAACAGUAUGAACUGGUGAAGAAGAGGACUGCCAAUGACAACUCUGCAUAUGGUUCCCAUGUAAUGCAAUAUGGUGAUAUAGAGCGAAGCAAGGAAACUCUGUUCCUGUACAUGGGCACAAAUCCUGCUAACGAUAACUUCACUUUUGUCGAUGACAACUCCUUCAGACCUUCAUCCAAAGCUGUUAACCAGCGAGAUGCUGAUCUGCUACAUUUCUGGUACAAGUUCCAAAAGGCUCCUGAAGGCUCUUCAAGGAAAGCGGAAGCUCAAAAGCAGUUUGUUGAAGCUAUGACUCACAGGAUGCAUGUAGAUCAGACCAUGAAACUCAUUGGAAAGCUCUUAUUUGGAAUUACAAGAGGCCCAGAGGUGCUGAGCACUGUUCGACCUGCAGGGCAACCUGUUGUUGAUGACUGGAAAUGCCUGAAAAGCAUGGUGCGAACAUUCGAGACUCACUGCGGGUCACUUUCUCAAUACGGGAUGACACACAUGAGGUCCCUGGCAAACAUCUGCGACGCGGGAAUCACCACAGAGCAGAUGGCCGAGGCAUCAGCCCAAGCCUGUCCCAGCGUUCCAGCCAGCCCUUGGAGCUCUCUCAGGCGGGGAUUCAGUGCAUGAAUGGAAUCAGAAUUCAUUUCAGAAAAACCAAAACCAAUUAAGGAAGGCUUCCUCACCUCCAUAUUUAGAGGGGUGACAGUUCGUUGCCCGAAUGAAAUAGCUAUAUAUGCUUUGCUCCCAUGAUUGCUUCGAUGUAAAUAAUUCCGAAGCAAACGUCCCGUAAUUGUUUUUCUAUUCGAACUGAACUUGCACCAUAGAAAAUGUACAGCGGCUAGGCAGCCUACCUAAACUCUGUAUCUCCCAGCUCUGCUUUGCUUACAUGGUUGUGGUAGUUCUGUAAAAAUUUCUGGUCUAUAUAUGAUAAUCUGUGUUGCCAUCUGA